AUGAUUAGCAAGAACGAUGUGACAACGUGGUUCAAGACGCUGGAGAGCUAUAAAAGAAUUGACACAAUGUGUGCUUUACUGAAUAUAUGUUUGCCGUUCGAACUGCGGUUUUUGGGCACUUGUCUUGAAGAGUUAGGUCGCCGCGAUUCGCAAGAAUUGCGCGGAAUGGAAUUAAGGGUUAACAAACCUCAAGAUUUGGCUACAGAUAUAAAUGUUUGCCAAAAGGGUGAGCCUACGGACAUGAAAGUGCGCCGUAGAGUAGCUCUAUGUCUGGCUUUGAUGAGAGUCUGCAAUCGCACCUGCGUUAAUGAGAUAUUCCGCAUUCUGGAGUCAUGGGGUGAACUUGACUUUUCUUCGCUUACAGACAAGGAUGUUUUGGAAGAAUUGUUAUUGGUUUAUACAAUGGCUGCUAAUCAUCCAGUAUUUGAUUUUGAGCAGCACAUGAAAUCUAUGCAAAUUUUUGAAAAAAUUAAAGAAAAUAAAUUAGUAGCUGAUUCAUCAUCAUCCAUGCCAUCACCGCAAAGCGCUCAUGUUUGCAAUCCGCAACACUCUGCCAGUCAUCUAGAGAUGUCUAUGGCGCAACAUCAACACGUACCGCCACCUCCUCCUAAUCAUACAGAAUUACUCCAACAGCAUGCAGCUGCAUUGCACGCGGCUACUAUGCAUUCAACUGGCCAGCAUCCCCAAUUGCUAGCUCCCAAUCCCAUGCAAAUGGUGGGUCCAGCUACAAUACCUUUGAGUUAUCCACAAGGUCAUUUAACUAAGCUACUCAAUGCAAGUGACGGUAGUUCUCUUCAACAUCCGAUUACCGUUGAUGGCAUGCCGCACAUGAUUUCCGCGAACCUCACCAUUCCAGAUACUAGCAAUGCAGCCGCUAACACUAUUUUAACACAUCCUAAUGUUGCCUCUUGGGCCAUGAGGCAAUAUCACCCGGCCCCACCACCGGCGAGUACUCAAGUUUUGGUGGAUCAUCCGCCACAAUCGUCUUCGCCGAUGCUCUCACAGCAGUCUUCACCAUCUAGUAGCCGCACUGCUAGUCCUAAUCGUACAUCAUCCUGUGACAGUAACAUGUUACAAACACAAACGCAGCCACCACCACUAACAUCUCAAACUAGUACCAGUUCUCGCAAUAUGCCACAGAGAAUCGUUGCCUCUUCACUGAAAAAUGUUCGACGUCCAUCGGCCGAGACUACGCCACCGCCUGCGAUGGGACAACAACAGCAACUGCUCACAAAUGAAUUAAUCUUGCCUCAGAACAUGAAACACAUUUCAGAGGGCGUUAUGAACAAUGAAAGUUCCAGCAAUCAAUUACAAAACUUAAUACGUAAUGGGUUUACCAGGGCUGCUAAUCAUCCUAGAAUAAAAACUGGCAAUUAUAUCCCUCCGCAUCAACAACAACAACAGCAGUCGCCAAUUAAUCAGCAGCAACAUUAUCAGGGAGCUUUCAACGCUGUGAACGCUGGUUUGUCGUAUGCCAUGCAAAAUAUGUCCAUAUCAGAUAUGACAACCGCAGGUGGGGGACAUCACAGUGUCGAUGGUAAUGUCAUGAUGAGUAUGAAUUCAAAUAAAAGCACAGGCAGCGAUUCUGGUAGUUCGAUCGGAUCAUGUGGCGAAAUAUCGCCGCCCGAAACGCCUACGUUAAUGAUGAAUUCUAAUGCCACGACGAAUCCGCCCGUGCUACGUGGAGAUAAUCAGGGACAACAGAUGCCACAGCAACAACAACAACAGCAGCAGCCACAAAAACAUCAUCAGCCUUCGCAACUGAGUUAUAAUAAACAGAUGAGUUUGUCGCGUUUAAACGGUAGAGCCGAUAAAUUGAUGACCACGAAUGCGCCUAAUGUAGCGGCAGUUGCCGGUGUUGGUGGCAAUGUAGUUAAUGCAAAUGCCAUGAUAUAUGCUCAGCAGCAGCAGCAACAGCAACAAGUUCAUCAACAAGCCCCAGCACCGCAAGCUUUGUACGCCGAUAUACUAUUAGCUUCAGGUGGCAAUGCGGGAAGUACUACCGUGAUGCAGCAAUCUUCGUUGACUAAUAGCAACGGCGGGGGCAAUGGAAACCCGAAUGCAAAUGUUGUCUCCACUAAUAAUAAUAUGCUGGGCAGCAAUACAGUACUGAUAAGUACACCGUCUUCUGGUGCUGCUAACUUGGGUGGUGUAAUAACCUCAAAUUCCGUGAUAUUGUCUCAUCAACAGCAAUAUAAUACCACGUAUCCAUACCAUGCGGCAGCGGCUGCUGCUCAACAUUUAGCUGCGAGUUCAGCAAGGCCUCCGCUGAUGGCACAUAAUCCAACUUUGGCACCACCGCCGCAUGGUACCUUUCGUUUACCUGGUUUCCAGAUACCCAAUGGGGAACUUAUUUAUCAGACUUACCAUCCAGCGGGGGGCAUCACAUUUCUGUCCGGUGCUGCUCCACCCGGUGUACCACCAGCCGCCCUGAGAACGACAAAUAGCGGAGCUGCCGUGGUAAGCAGUCAACCUAUUAACCAGCCACCUGUACCUCAACAAAUACCACCAUCAUUACCACAACAGUUGCAAUCUACGCCGUCGGCUGCUGUGCUAGCGUCACCGUACAGCACGCUAACAAUAGGACUUAGUAAUAAACCAUUAUCAUGUUAUAAUUGCGGCUCGCAAUCCCACAGUGGUCGUGAAUGCCAGGAAGCGUCCAUGGAUGAUGUAACGCGAAGCGCUAUCUAUAAAUUAGACUACAAUCAGGCAGCGUCUGGGGCGGGCGCUGUAGGUGCAGUCACACCUGCCACGCAACAACAACAAAUUGCCAACAGUGCGCCAGACACGUCAGCAACAGGGCACAGCCAAAAAUCACACGAUACUAGCGGUGCUAUUGGUGUAAACCCAUCGGUAGUAGCGACCGCGGCGGUCUCUUCAAAUGCGACGCUGACCGUGACAGCGUCAACGUCAGCUAAGUGAGUUAGUGAUUGUAGAACCGGCUUGUUAAAAAGCUUUGUAUGUGUAGGAUUUUUAAUUGAAUUAGGUUUAUAUUGAGAAACUCUGAGAUUAAGCAAUGCGUGACGCAUAUUAAGUGAACAGUGAAAAAAGGAAACCAUAUUGAAAAUAUGAGCGAAUCAAAGCGCCUCGGUAGCCAUUACUUAGGUACUUUUUUUAGAUAAAAGUGGGAGAAGUGUGGUAUCAUCUGUGGGUCAUGAUGGAGAAAGCGAUACUUUUGUGAUUUACUCCUGUCAAAACUUUAUGAUUUAAUUAUUAUGCUUUUAAAGACUGAAAUAAGAAUAUAAUAACAGAUGAAUGUUGUUAAGUAUGCAAAGUUGAGCGGGAAGUCAAUUUACACGCAGCAUAUUCUAUAGACGAUAAACUUUAUGUCACCAGAAUAUCGCUAUAAUAAUAAUAAUAAUAAUAGCGGUAAGCAAUACGUUCUCGCAUGCAGCAGGACGUACAAAAAAAUUGUCUCAAUAUGAGAUUUUAAAUUUAAAAAUUUAUCGCAUGAAGCCAUGGGUAU